CCUUCAAUGUUUUUGUAUGGCUGAUGCUGAGUGCUGCAGUGGUUAGCUAGUUAGCAGAUAGCAAGGUAGUCAAAAAGUAGAAAUGGACUGAGAUAUGCAGAAUAAAAAUCAACACAAAAAGUCCAAUCAUUUCCUGUAAGCUAGAUAUGGAUGACAUUACAGUUUGCUAACAGGUUCCAACGUUUUCCCGAGCCUUGCCAGAGCGAGGAUGUUCCCCGGCUUAGCCCACAGACCAUGGCAAGUCUUCUGCAGGGUUUACCUGCAUCAACGAGCCCCCCUUACACAAUGGCCCCCUAGACUGGCCCGCCCUUGUUAUGGUGAGCAAUAUUUGGGUUGGCAAAAUGGUACCAAGGUACAAAAUGUGUGGCUCAGCUUUCCUGACUGUCGAGUGUCACCAUUUGCCUGGGCGCAAGUCCAGUACUAUUCAACGACGGGCAGCGGUAAAGACGGGCCUCCUGUGUCAACUGACCCCCCUGUCACAGCAGAGAAGGUAUUGGCAGCAGCAGGAGCUCAGCCGUCUCCUGAAGGCACGUCUUCAAAAGAUGGCGCCGAUGCUAAACUCCAAGGACUGACCAAAACAGAGGCUAUCCAAGUAAAAGUCCGAGCCGUCCUGAAGAAGAGAGAGUAUGGGACUAAGUACACCCAGAACAACUUCAUCACCGCCGUCAGAGCCAUGAAUGAGUUCUGUCUGAAGCCCAGUGACCUGGAACAGCUACGGAAAAUCCGUCGCCGGAGUCCACACGAUGACACAGAGGCUUUUACAGUCUUUCUGCGCUCAGAUGUGGAGGCAAAAGCUCUGGAUGUGUGGGGCAGUCCUGAGGCUCUUGCCCGAGAGCGAAAUCUGCGAAAAGAAAUUGAACAAGAGUACCAAGAGAAUAUCUUCAGAAAUCAGCAGCUAUUAAAGGAGUAUAAGGACUUCUGGGGCAACACUAAGCCUCGAUCAGGCAAGAGAGCCACAUUUCUACAAGGGCCAGGGAAGGUGGUUAUGGUAGCUAUAUGCAUAAAUGGACUGAACUUUGUCUUCAAGCUGCUUGCUUGGGUGUACACUGGGUCAGCCAGCAUGUUCUCCGAAGCCAUUCACUCAUUGGCCGACACAGCAAAUCAGGCCCUCUUAGCCAUUGGCAUCAGUCAGUCUGUGAGGAAUCCCGAUGCUGUCCACCCGUAUGGGUUCUCCAACAUGCGCUACAUCGCCUCCCUUAUCAGCGGCGUGGGCAUUUUCAUGAUGGGCGCAGGCCUGUCCUGGUACCACGGCAUCAUGGGCCUCCUGCAUCCGCAGCCAAUUGAGUCCCUCCUUUGGGCGUACUGCAUUUUGGCAGGAUCCCUUGUUUCUGAAGGAGCGACGCUCCUGGUUGCCAUCAACGAGAUCAAAAAGAGUGCACAGCAGCAGGAGGUCUCCUUCUAUGAGUACGUGAUGCAGAGCCGUGACCCCAGCACUAACGUGGUCUUAUUAGAGGAUGCGGCCGCUGUAAUUGGAGUGAUCAUGGCUGCUGGAUGCAUGGGUCUGACCUCCCUCACAGGUAAUCCGUACUACGACAGUCUGGGCUCUCUCGGUGUGGGCACCUUGCUGGGCGCUGUAUCGGCCUUCCUCAUCUACACCAACACAGAGGCCCUGCUGGGACGCUCCAUCCAGGCUGAGCAUGUGCAAAAGCUCACGGAGUUCUUAGAAAAUGACCCUGCAGUAAGGGCGAUUCACGACGUGAAGGCCACAGACAUAGGCCUAAGCAAAGUGCGCUUCAAAGCGGAGGUGGACUUUGACGGGCGGGUGGUGACGCGCUCCUACCUGGAGAAGCAGGACAUCGACCAGAUCCUAAAUGAUAUUCAGCAGGUGAAGACCCCAGAGGAGCUGGAAAACUUCAUGCUAAAGCAUGGGGAGAAUAUCAUCGACACACUCGGAGCUGAAGUGGACCGCCUGGAGAAGGAGCUUAAGCAACGGAACCCAGAGGUGCGGCACGUGGAUUUGGAGAUCCUAUAACUCUUACUUUUGGCAGGAGGAGAACGCCGUAUAGUAAACCAGAAAGAGAGAAGGAAGAAGAGAGAGAGAGAAAGGCAAGAGUGAAGGAAUCAGCGGGAGAUGAGGACUAAAAGCAUGUGCUUUCUCCCCACCCCACCCCCUCCAACCACCUCAUCUGAUGAAGUCUUACUGUGCUGUAUUAUUCAACAUAUUCCCUAAGUUCUAGUGACAAGCUUCAGGAGAAGGUUUCUUUUAAUUUAGUUUUAUUUUUGUUUUCCUCUAUUAUUUCCUCUUCCAUAGUCAAGCAAUGGUCACGGGACAAUCAUCCCAAAAUCUGAAUGUGCAUCCUCAGACCACCUCUUGUGUCUAGGGUACGUGUGUGUGUGUGUGCGUGCGUGCGUGUGUGCGCCUUGCGCACAUGCUGUGUGUGGCGGUGUGUGUGGUGGGGGGUCAGCAUGUGGUUGUGGAGACAUACUUGAGUAUAUUCCACGGUGUUGGAUACUAGAUUCCACCUGCCAGUCUGCUGCAGAGAAAGAUCUGCGAAUGCAGUUGAGUUCCAGUUUAGGUUCUGGUUUGGCCGUUAAUGUGAAUCAGGCAGGUCCACACUGGAAUCAUGUCCUCAGACUCGGAAGAACUUGAAACAAACAAACAAACAAACAAACAAACACAAAUAGCCAGAUCACUUUCUGCCGCAGACUCUCGCUGACCUCAUCUCUGUUCACUAGGGGUCUCUGCUCCGAUACAGUGUAUGAAUGUGAUGAGCUUUGCUGUAGCAGAACGAGAUAUGAAAUAAGCAACUAAUGUAUGUGGAGCAUCAUCAUUGCUCUCUUAAAAAAAUAAAAAAAACAUUAGGAAACAUAUAGGAGAUCAUAAACCUCAUUCUGUGUCAUAAUGAAUGGGUUUUGACAGAAAAAAAUAUUUGUGAAGAAAGGUUGGGACUACAGUAAUCACCAAUAAUUACAGCAGUAGUGAUGUAGUUAAAACCAAGGACUAGGGUAAUAUUAAUAUUUUCCUUUUAAAAAAGGAUUUUAAAUGUUCAUUGUUUAGGUUUCACUGUGUGUAUUUGCUGGAAAAGAGAAAAGUAACAGCUCUUAUAAAAAGCACUUAAAAUGUUGUUAACUCUGUGCAUGGCAUUCUUCAAGACUUCCAAGUGAAUCUUGCAGUAUUAGUGAUGUCAGCCACAGCCAAAUAUCUUCAUGUACACAAAACGUAAAAAUCCAAAGAUUACAACGGAGAAAAAAAAGAAAUUAGAAUUCAUAUAGGAGGUUGUGUUUGUAACUUAAUAUUGCGGUACCCUUCAUUAACACAGAUUACUGUUCAGUUGUUACGAAAUUGUAAUUGAAUGGAGAAGUUCUCUGACUGCUGAACCUUCAUCUAGAUUUUACUAAGUGACCUCAUGUAUGCCUGACAUUAAUAUCUCCAUAGAUUUAACCAUUUCACAGGGUCCAUUCACUACAGUCAGUCAUUUCUUAUUAAGCUACCUUUUACUAUUUAAGACUUCCUGUACUCGCUAACAGUGGUGCUUUGGUGUAGAUUAAGUUAUUUGUCAGCAUUCAUCUGUCGGUUUUAAUGGCAAUGUCUUCAUGGAGAGUGUUAAGAGGCGGCUGCUGAUUGCUGUGAAGGGUAGGGUUCCUGCUGUUCGAACGUUUAAACUCCUGCCUGGCACCAAAAUAAGUGUUUCUAUGGCCCGUUGUAAAUUUCUGCUGGGUUUUGUAAGCUUCAAGGUCUAAGUCCUAUCUCUCAUGUUGAAUAUCAGACCUCAUAUUCAGUAACAAACAAGCAAAACGUUGGAAAAAAAAAAAUAAUAAAUCACUGUAUACUAGGGCAGUGUACACCUUCGCUGCAUUCUGUGUAUUGAUCAUUAUAUGGUCUGUGAAUUCAAAAUAGACAUGCUUGGUAAAACCCAUUGUAGGCUAUAAUAACCAUGUAACGCAACAAACCCGCUCUGUGACAGUGAAAUAUGCAUCCACUCUCGUUUUUUGUAUAAAACCCAAACUUACAAGUAACUCGUAUAGGCCCUCGGUCUGCAGUGAGGUAGAAAUUAAACAUGAUUGUGAGCAGAUAGGUUUGGGUGUGUGUGGACAUCCUGAACUGAAGGAUGCAAACCCUUCCUGCCUUAGUGGUGGGCUGAUAUUGUUUUGUUCAAGGAGGUCAUAAACUAUAGUACAUAUAUUUUUAAAGAUGUUUAUCAACAUUGUCAAAGAUUUCUCUUGGUUUGAUCAGUGUAACUGUUGCAGAAAAUGAUUGAAUAAAUUGCAAUUAAUUUA